AUGUUGUACACCAAGUACACGUUUGUCUUGGCAGGAGAAACAUGUAGUUACGAUAACUGGGAUUACCGUUGGAUCUGGACCAACUUUGGACAACUCUUAAAUUGGGAGACCUUGGAAUGUAUGACAGAUGAUUACCAAUACCAAUACAAAUAUUUAGUAACGAUGAAGAAAUGUGACAAGAAUAACCAGAAACAAUUAUGGGAAUGUGUGGGUAACAAGAAAUACAAUAUCAAGCAGACACAGUCAGGCAGACACAUGUACUAUGGAGAACAUUUACAAUAUGUGACAACAAAAAACACAUAUUCGUAUUAUGAUAAAAAAUGGACACGCUUUGGUUCUGAAAAGCAUGUCUGUUCACAAG